AUGGAACUCCAUGGUGAGGAAGAAGAACUGAAGCAAGAAGCGCAACAAGAGGAGAAGAUAGGAAUCAGCGAACAAAAGGAAGUAGUGGGCGAAUGUUUAGGAUAUGUCGAGUACAUAAAGGAAUCCCAAGUUGAGGAACCCUCCUCCAAGAAGUUUGGAGGGAAUAUCAAAGAAACGAGCAAUAUCGCGAGAGUAAACAAUGAGUUAAAGGAAAUUGAUAGAGAAGUGGAUUCCAUCACUAGUGAUUUUUUGCCCACCUCGAUUAAUUCCCUUGACGAUCCUGUUGAACCCUUCUCCAGUACAUUGGAAAGCAAGGUUGAAGAGGAUUUGAAACCUCCAAGGCCUAAUGCAAGUGAAGAACUAGAAGAAGUGUUCCAAGCAACAAACUCUCCUACCUAUGAUGAUUCCGAAUCAACAUAUGAUCCUUUUGAGUUUGAAGAGUCAUUCCCCGAAUUGCUUAGACUUGAUGAUGAGCCCCCGACUAGCCGCCGUUCUCGAGCUAGAGCGGUAGCCAAGGCGGCUAGACCUUCAUCCUCCACAGCAGCACCUGCACCAUCAUCAGCACCUAAGCCGACCUAUCUGUUAGUGCAGCACCUUCUUCGCUUCAUGGAGCGCUUCGAGUGUCGUGUCAUGCGACGCCUCGACCGCUUAGACCAGGCGACUGCAUCACAGGGUAUCGAGCUCCCUCCACUUCCAGAGUCCCCCGCUUCUGAUGAGCAGGAUCCGGAGGAGGAGCAUGGUGAGGAGCCGAUACAGCAGGAGGCGCCACCAGAGAUGCAGACCACCACUCCUGAGGUCCAGCAUGACAUUUCUGAGCCACAGCCAGUGCCACCUCCAGUUCCACCACCCGAGCCUGAGCAUGAGCCACAGCCUGGUGCGAUAGUUGACCCCCAUUCCGAGCUUCCGUAG